UCACAACGACGUCGUAAAGCACACGAACUGUUCCGUGCAAUUUUUGCAGACACACGAACCCUAGAUCCAGAUACUCAGAGAUUCAGGUUCGAUUUCUGUGACGAAUUCAUAAAUUGAUAUGACCAAUAGCUCAUCAUCGAAAAAGCACGGUCAAGAUCAGUCUGAAUUAAGUGGUCCCACCUCAAAAUCUCAGAGAACCAAAAUGGGCAAAUCCGAAGAUAACGAUAAGAAGAACUCAGGUAAGAAACUCAAAGAUGUAGAAAUAAGUGUUCCAAUAGUAUAUGGGAACAUGGCAUUUUGGCUUGGCAAAAAAGCUAGUGAGUAUCAAUCGCAUAAAUGGACUGUGUAUGUUCGUGGAGCAUCCAAUGAGGACCUAGGAGUUAUUAUAAAGCGUGUUGUUUUUCAGUUGCAUUCUAGUUUCAAUAAUCCCACAAGGGUUGUGGAUGCACCUCCUUUUGAGUUGUCAGAAGCAGGAUGGGGUGAAUUUGAAAUUGCCAUCACACUUCAUUUCCACAGUGAUGUUUGCGACAAGCCUUUGAACUUAUAUCAUCACUUGAAGUUGUAUCCAGAGGAUGAAAACAGUUCCAUGUCCACAAAAAAACCCGUUGUUGUGGAAUUCUAUGAUGAGGUAGUUUUCCCGGAUCCUUCUGAAGCUUUUUUAGCUCGUGUGCAGAACCACCCAGCUGUGAACUUUCCAAGAUUACCUGCUGGGCAUACCUUGCCUCCUCCCAUUCCAGUUGAAGAUGCAAAUAGAAGGAGGAAAGGUGAUACCAAAGACAAUCCCUUAAGCCAAUGGUUCCUGAGUUUCUCAGAAGCAGAUGAACUCUUACAGCUUGCAGCAGCUCGUCAGCAGGUUGAUGCGUGUGUCCUACCCUAUCAUCCAGUUCCCCUUCCCCACUUUCCUCUUCCACUUAACUAAAUUGAAGAAAGAAAAAUGGGUACAACUUGAGAUUAUCUUAUGUUUUAUUUUUUAUUUAAAAUUUAAAUAAUAUUACAUAGAAAUUAAUAAUGUAGCUUUAGUAAGGGUGAAAAGUUAGAAUUUGCAUAGUUUUAAUAAUAAUGUCUAUACAUUUAUACAUGUUCCUGUUAGCCUCCUUGCAUAGAAGGUAAUAAAAUCUAGUUUUAUGAUUUUGAUCCAAGUUUACUGUUUAUAAAAAACGAAAUGUAUAAGGAUUAUUUAUAUUUUAUAUUUAAUGGAGAACCUCUUUUCUAAGUAUUAUUCAUAACUUUUAGUUUUUAUAUGCCUUCAUUCAUAACAUAUAAUCACAACUUAUCAGUCAAAACUUCUGUUCUAUGCUUCAAUUUUAUUUUUGUUUGUAUGUUUAUGUCCAAUUUUGUGAUUAGUUGAGUUAAAAGAACUGUAUUCGAAUUAUUAGUACAAAUUUUUCUCAAAUAAUAUUAUUGGUUGUACUGACCAGUGCAUGUAUGAGAUUCUUGUUUGUAACUAAAUGAUUUAAUUCAACUU